ACGGCAGUGAGGGCCGAGGGCUGGCAGGCAGAUCUAUCUGUCCCUGCACUCCCCCUCAGGCCUGCAGAGAAGACACCCGAGUCCCUCAGGCUGGCAUAUCGGAUGCGUCCAGCAGCCAUAAGAUCAGGACCCUGGCUGAAGCGAACACGGCCUGGGCGAUGUGCACCCACCAGCACUGUGAGACCAUCAGCACGAACAACCCAGGUGCUGGCCCUCAAGGCUGGGAAAGGUCCCGAGGAAGAGACACAACCUGCUGCCAGUGCUCAGGAGGGCACCGAAGAUGCUGACAGGAUUUCUACAUCAUGCUCCCUGGCAGCAGAGCAGGCAGCAGAGCAGGAAGCAGAGCAGGAAGCAGAGCAGGCAGCAGAGCAGGCAGCAGAGCAGGAAGCAGAGCAGGCAUCAGAGCAGGCAGCAGAUGAUGGUGCCAAAGGUGCUGGCACUUCUCAGGCCAUGCUGGAUGCCAAGAGCAGCAAAGAGAGGGCCCGCUCCACCAGGAAAGGGGGCAGCUUCCUGCCCUGCUGUCUUUCCUCUUCUACCUCCAGUGCUGUUCUGACAGAUCAGCAGGAAGAAAAGAAAGACAUCGCUGAGAGAGACACUGUGGCAGUGGCAGGCAAGGAGCCUGUGAGCACAUCAUUGCCUGGGGCAGAGUCCCUGCCUCCAGCAUCUCCAGUGCCUGGAAACCUUCAGCGCAAGGUGAGAAGACACAGGUGGUGGGCAGCAGGCGUGAAGUGGACAGCCUGGAGAUCGGGGACACAGUCAGCCACAGCAGCAUCUCAGGGGAGGGGAGAGAGCCUCUGCCAACUUGUGGAACAUCCCUGGAUGUCCCUGCACACCUUCUCAAGCCUGCACAUGCCACACACAAGUACUACAACUUAACAUCCAUAAGGCGUCCCGUAGCCACCAGAAAAACCAGCAGGUCCAUGGCAGCGCGCACCCAACAGCAUUAAGGAAACACCAGCACAAGCAGCCCAAGUGCUGGCCCCCCAGACUGGGAGCAGCCCCACAUGUCGGAUACCACCAGCUCCCAGUGCUUAUCUUUCCUGUUUGUGUACACAUUGCUUCUCACCUAGCAUUUAGAUGACCAUCCCGUACAGGGAUUCCUAAUUUGGCUAAAUCUGGCUUUUCAAUCUGGAACUGAAGAAGCAGUAUAUGUAUUCUCUACAGCACAGAUAACAUACUUUGCUUCCUCUGUUCCUCUGAUUUCGGUUUCCAAAAGUACAAUAAAAUUAUUGAGUUCCAUUUUAAA